ACGAAACUAAGAAAAUAUAAAAGCAACUAAACGACUAUUACGAAGUGAAAAGUAUAUUAAGGAUAUUAAGGAGUAAAUUGUGAUAAGUUUUAGUGGCACUGAGUGCGAUAAGCAGAAUAUUAUACCACAAAAGCACGUAUUCGACAGCAAAUAGAGCAAUUCCUCUUCACUGUCGUCAUCAUUAUCAACAAUCGCAGCGGCACUUGAAUUACACUGCAGUCAACGGCAGUAGACGUCAUUAUUUAACUUCUUGCAGACCAACUGAAACAGCGCCAUUGGAAGCAUUUGACUGCACCUACAACACUUACCGUUUGGUUGGCAUUUUGCCAUAUUAACGGCGGAAAUGAUGAUAGUACCGUGUUGUAGUUGUUGCUGCUGUUGCUACUGCUAUAUCUAAAGGUACUAUAUCAACUGAGCGCAUUAAGCGCAUUGGCCAACUUACAAAAUAGCAAACACAAAAAAAAACAAUUCAAAGAAUUUUUUUCGCCCCGGGAUUUGGUAGUCUGUACGCGUGCUGAGUGGCUGGCUACUGCCAGUGCUAUUGCAGCAGUGAUGCGGGGCCACAAACUGGCACGCAGUUUCUGCGAAACGUGGCUGCUCUUGGUGAUUGUGAUGAGCG